AUGAUGUACUCGCCAGCGCUGCAUAUACCCCCUCCAUCACACACUGGCCCCUUCAGACCGGGCUUCUCGUUGGGCCCGCCAACUCAUGGGAGUACCGGUGGACAGAGCCAGCGAGAGUCGGUGGUGCCGAGUCCGACGAGUUCCGUGUUUGAGGAGCAUAACGCAGCUGCGGCGUUGCUGGAUGAAGUCACGUCGUGGAAUGAGGCGCAUGUUGGAGAGUGGUUGGAGUCGGUCAAGGCUGGAGCGUACGCGAAGGUGUUCAUCGAAAACGACAUCACCGGCGAAACCCUCCUCGAAAUCGACCAAGAAGCCCUCAAAGAACUAGGCAUACCCAAAGUCGGGGACCGCAUCCGGAUCCUCGUCGCCGUCAAAUCCCUCCGACAGCGGUGCUUCACCCACAUCACCCGUCCACGCCCCCACCACCGUCCUUCCUCCGUGCAUUCACCCGUCGCGAUGGAACCGAGCAGUAGUGGUAUGAGCUAUAGUGGUAUGAGUCUCAACAACAGCAAUGGGCGACCAACGAGUAUGGUGAGUAUGGCCACGACGGCAUACUCCCACAUCGAACCUUUCGGACCCGGGAGUGGGAGCAGCCCGAGCACGAGUACGGUUAACCCACACUCGCCAUACCCGCCUCCAACACCUGGGAUGCUAUCCUCCGGCUCAUCCUUCCACAACAUGGACUACCCGUCUCGUCCCCUCUCCCCCGGCUCUUUGCCCUCAAACCCCCGCGCACCAUCUCACUCGGUGAAGGCCGAGCCAAGACAGGAGACGCAUAUCAUGUCAAUCAACGACGUCAAGGAAUCCUGCGUCAAAUUCAUCUACCUCCAAGGCCAAACCCGCAUCGUCAAUAUCUCCUCCUGCCCCGACACCCCCUCCAUCCUCGCAAAAGCACUCAAGAAGUUUGCAAUUUCCGCAACCGACCAGCCACUCAACCCCGCGCAGUGGUGCGUCUACACCGUUACCACCCCCUCUGACAUCGAUCCCGCAGCUUCAUCCUACCCAGUGCGACUCCUCCCCGCCGUCGAGGUUGUCGCAAUAUGCAAAGACCCGACACGACCAGAGCGCGAAAGACUCAUUCUCUGUAGGAGGGGCGAGGAACCUGGACAGGAGGAAAUUAAACGCGCAAAGGGGAUUGCGAGGGAGCAGAGUGAGCAGAGAGAGAAAGCUGCUAUUUCCGCGAAUUAUGCAGCCAAGAUGAGGAAGUUGGAGGGGUUUUUCGGGGAGAGGCCGGUUUCAUCAAUCCCCUCAACUACGCCUACGACUGAUUCUGCACCCAUCCUCGCACCCCCACCGACGGGGCAGGGGAAGCAAAAUGGGGAGAGGAGUGCAGGGGGUGCGACGAAGCGCCUUCGAAUGCUCUUUGGACAGCGUCCACCAAGCGAGUUGAUUUCGAGUAACUUGCAGGAAUACUUCCCGGGACACUCCCAAAACGUACUCGAACAAACCGUCCGGAACUCAAUUCGGCACUCACAACGCAUGUCCUCGAUUUCCUCUUUCCAAACCCCCUAUGGUCAUGGGAGGAGGUUCAGUACGUCGAGUGGGAUGUCGGGGAUGAGUGGGAUGAGUGGGAUGUCGGGGAGGAGUGGGGGUUGGAAACCGGGUGUGGCGAGUAUUGGGGAGGCGUGGAUUUCUCAAGGAUUGAAACCGCCGCCGCGGCCGAAGAGGCCCGUUAGUUUGAGGAGGGUUGUUGUGCCGACGAGUGUGCCCGUCAAUGGGGGUGUAAGUAGUUCGCUUUAUAAGCAUCGGUUGGAGAGUGGAGUUUCGUUGGCGACGUAUGCGGAGGCCCACGAGGAGGAAGAACUGGAGCAGGUGGGACAGGGACAGGGACAAAGACAGGGUGUACAGGUGGAGGAUGAUGAUAGGGACAGUGACGUGAAGAGUCUCGCGCAGAGUAUGAGGAGUUUGAAAGCGCCGUCACUCAUGGUCACCUCCGAAGAAGACGAAGUCGAAGAGGAGGACGAGGAUGAAGAAGGCACCUUGCGCGCGAUGAGGUAUUCGGAGGGAUAUCAACUCGGAACGGUGGGUGAGGUCGUGCCGGGGGAUGAGGCUACGGCUGAGGAAGUGUUUGAUGCGGAGAAGGGGAAUGGGAAGAUCGAUGGUGAGGAGUCGGGUUACGAGGAGGAGGAUGGCGCGGUCACGGAGGACGAGGAUGGGGAGACUGCGGCUGAGGGGUUGGGUGAGGUUGAGAUUGAGGUUGCGGAUGACCAUGGACCAAGGAAGUGGAUGAAGGGUGCGCUCAUCGGCAAGGGAUCGUUCGGAUCGGUGUAUCUGGGUUUGAACGCGUUGAGUGGAGAGUUGAUGGCAGUGAAACAGGUUGAGUUGCCGAAGGGUGAUGUGCAGGGUGAAGCACGGAAACGGAGUAUGAUCGAUGCGCUCCAACGAGAGAUGUCCCUCCUCCGCGAUUUGGAACACGAGAAUAUUGUGAGGUACUUGGGUUCGUCCUCGGAUGAUACCCACCUCAAUAUCUUCUUGGAGUAUGUUCCUGGAGGGAGUAUCGCGGAGUUGCUCAACAAGUAUGGCGCGUUUGAGGAGCCGUUGAUCAGGAAUUUUGUGAGGCAGAUUUUGCAGGGGUUGAAUUAUUUGCACGAGAAGGAUAUUAUUCAUCGGGAUAUCAAGGGUGCGAAUGUGUUGGUUGACAACAAGGGCGGGAUCAAGAUCUCGGACUUUGGUAUCUCGAAGAAGGUCGAGGCGAACCUCUUGUCCUCCGCGCCUGGCAUGGCACACGGCCAUCGACCUUCUCUGCAAGGAAGUGUAUUCUGGAUGGCACCCGAAGUCGUCAAACAGACUUCCUACACCCGCAAAGCCGACAUCUGGUCCCUCGGCUGCCUCAUCCUCGAGAUGAUCACCGCAAGUCAUCCCUACCCCACCUUCUCCCAGAUGCAAGCAAUCUUCAAAAUCGGAUCGAGUUGUGCCCCGGAUAUCCCGGAAGAGAUUUCGGCUGAGGCAAAAGAUUUCUUGGGAAAGACGUUUGAGUUGGAUCAUACGAAGCGGCCGUCGGCUGAGGAGUUGUUGCAUCAUCCAUUUUUGGCUACGGCUAUGUGA